UCCUACUGGUUAGUUUAAUUAACUCAUGCUUUGUGUGAAACUCAGCCACCAUGUUAACAGCAUGAAACGGUCUGCUUCCUCACAACGUUUCACAGAGGAGUUUACCAUCUCAUCUGCUUUCCUCCUGAAGAACACAAGAUGUGGAACCUUCAACCGUUCCUGAUCGUCCUGUGUUCUGUUUUCUGUUGUGUGACCAGGUCUGCAGCAGUGCUCCAUGUGUUUGGAUAUGAAAGCAGAAAUGUAAUUAUUACCUGCUCAUAUGGUCGGGGCUAUGAAGAUUAUGAAAAGUAUCUGUGUAAGAACGACUGUAGUUAUGAUGAUGUUCUUAUUAAAACUUCACAAAGAGAAGAGAAGAAAUAUUCCAUUAAUGAUUACAAAACCAGAAGCUUCUUCACAGCAACUAUCUCUGAUCUUUGUUUUAAUGAUACUGGGAAAUACUGGUGUGGGGUGACCAGGAAUUUUAUACCUGAUAUCCUCACUGAAGUAAAGCUUGAAGUAACUAAAGCUUCACCGCAGCCAAGCACAACUGUGUGGCCGAUCACCACAGCUGGACAGGUCACGUCAGCAUCACCAACACAAGAGCCUGUUAAAGUCAGCACAUAUUUAUGUAAAUGGAGAUCAUCUCAAAAUGCUGUCAAAGCAGAAAACGUCCAAAGAGCAUAGUGCUGAUUAUCGUUUUGGAGCUGAAGAUGAAGGAGAACCAGAAUAUGAAAACUUCACAGCAGAAGCAGAGGAUAUUUACUGCAACAUGCCCCCCAGUAAAACCCACAGGAAGUAAUGGCUGUAAAACACUGACUUUUAUUUAUCCUCUGGUGAUCAUUGUCAAACAAGUUAAGCUUUCUUUUCUGUUUUUUUAAUCCAGACUCAUUUUAUUAAUAUUGCUGAAUUGAAAAUUGUACAUAUUUGUAAAUAGUAAAUUGACCAUA